AUGUCGCAGACCCGAUUCAACAUCGACCUGCACCCCCCUACUGUUAACUUCCUCUACCUGAGCACACGACACCUUGUGCUGGCCUCGACAUGGCCUCACUUUACACUUCUCGGACAAUCGCUUGGAUCCGUUGUUCUGGCUUGGGAUGCCUUCCAGCUCCUUGUCCCGGACAUCUUUAUUGAUACCAUGGGCUACGCCUUCUCCUUGGGUCUGUCCAAGCUACUCUUUCGCAGAGUCCCUACUUGCGCCUACGUGCACUACCCCACGAUCUCGACCGAUAUGCUGGAGUCGCUUGACCCUAAGGCUACGACCGGAACACAGGGCGUCAAUGCUGGCAAGGGAGUUGGUCUCCGAGGCAAGGUCAAGAAGUUUUACUGGAAGAUGUUUGCGGCCUUGUACUCUCGGGUUGGAUCUACAGUCGACGUGGUCAUGACGAACUCGACCUGGACCCAAGGCCAUGUCCAGAGGCUCUGGGGCCCUUACCGUCAGGCCAAGGCCAGAAACUACCCCAUCGCCGUCAACUACCCGCCUUGCGCCGUUGAAGAGCUUGAAGAGGCCGUGGAGGUCUCCGAAGCCAGCGAGAAGAAGCGCGAGAAGGCCUUGGUCUACAUCGCCCAGUUCCGCCCCGAGAAGAAUCACACCCUCAUCAUCCAAUCCUUCGCCGAGUUCCUCAACACCAAGUCCGAAGCCGCCGAGGGUGCGAAACUGGUCCUCAUUGGUAGCGUCAGAGACGACCACGACUCCAAGCGGGUGUAUACGCUGCGCCUUCUGGUUAACGAGCUCGGCAUUAAGGAUAGAGUCGAGUUCCACCUGGACGCUUCGUGGCCCGAGAUCCUGGACUGGCUGCAAAAAGCCUCGGUGGGUGUCAACGGCAUGUGGAACGAGCACUUUGGCAUCGGUGUCGUUGAGUACCAGGCUGCUGGUCUGAUCUCGGUUGUUCACGACAGCGGUGGCCCCAAGCUGGAUAUCGUCACCAAGGUCGAUAGUGAACCGACAGGCUUUCACGCCACGAACGUCAAGGAGUUCGCCGAGGGUUACGAGAAGGCCCUUUCCAUCAAGGACACGCUCCCCAUCCGUCUCCGGGCACGCCAAUCGGCCAAGCGGUUCACGGAGAGCGAGUUCGAUCAAAAGUGGAUCGCCCAGAUGGAGAAGCUGGUAGCCCUGAGGACAUAG